AUUUCACGAUGAUUCCGGAAAACUCAAAUCCUUGACUAGAUUUGAUGUUCGGUGGCUGCCUAUCUGAAUGGGAUAUCGUCAAUCUCUGAGAUUUGAAGUCGGAAUGUGCCUCAAGUGAAAACGCCUCUGGGAAGGCCAACAAGAUUCGCGACCUUCUCACUGCACUUCUCAAGAGUAGCUUGCAGCUGCUUGUUGAGAAUAUCAAGUUGAAUCGCAGUCUCCAGCAAGCACUUAUUGCAAGACCUCGGAUGACAAAAAGUCUCACCAUACAAUACUCACAAUGUCCGAACAGAAGUCAACACUCUACACAAACUGCACGAUCAUCACGAUCAACUCCUCACGGGAAGUCAUCCUGAACGGAUAUAUUCUCGUAGUCGACUCCCGCAUCACCUCCAUUGGAAAAGCUACUUCUCUUCCUGAUCUCCCAGGAAAUGGAACGACUAUCUCACUUCAAAAUCGUAUCGUUAUUCCAGGGCUCAUCAACACCCAUGCCCACCUCGCACAAUCUCUUCUCCGUGGUCUAGCUGAAGAUCUCCCUCUUCAUUCCUGGCUAUGCGAUGCUAUCUGGCCACUUGAAGCCAGUUACGAUGAAGAGGAUGGAUAUGUAGCCGCCAAGCUCACGAUUGCCGAGAUGUUGAAGAGUGGGACAACGUGCUUUCUGGAAGCCAUGUUGACGCACAGGAGUGGUUUCGAGAACGUAGUUCGAGCAGUUGGGGAGAGCGGUAUUAGAGGUUGCCUUGGAAAAUUGGUCAAGUUCGAGGAAAGCAACAAAGACCUCAACAUCACCGACCCGCGCGACAAAGACAUCUCCUCAAUGUCCAUCUCAUCCAUGCUGUCAGCUCACGAGAAGCACCACGGCUCUUUCAAUGAUCGUCUCCACGUCUGGGCGGCAGCUGGUACACCUCGUGGCUCGCCGCUCUCGUCGCACCUCGGGAUCGGUAAAGCAUGCCGGAAACAUGACAUCGGACUAACUAUGCAUUGUGCCGAAGCUCCAAAAGAUCUCACUAUCUACAAGAAUAGUUACGGAUUGACACCUAUGGAGUUCUGUCAGCAAGCAAAAUUGACUGGCCCGAAAACUGUGCUUGCGCAUAUGGUGCAUCUCGAUCUUUCUGUUGAUCUACCAAUUUUGAAAGAGACGAGGACGACGGUGGCGCAUAAUCCGAACAGCAACUGUAAGCUAGCUUCUGGCAUCGCGAAAGUACCUGAGAUGUUGGACGCGGGUGUAAAUGUCAGUCUGGGUACGGACGGUGCUCCUUGCGGCAACACCUAUGAUAUGUUUCGAGAAAUGCAUCUGGCAGGUAUCAUCCACAAGGGUGCAAAGCAUGACGCUGGGUUGGUUGGUGCUGAGACCGUGCUGGAGAUGGCGACUAUCAAUGGAGCAAGAGCGCUGGGAUUGGAGAAGGAAAUUGGGAGUUUGGAGGUGGGGAAGAAAGCUGAUUUCGUGGUUGUGAAUCCAAGUGGGCUGCAUACUGCUCCAUAUUUAGAGGAGCACAUUUUGGAUGGAGGAGUUGAUCCAAUGACGACUGUUGUGUAUAGUUGUACGGGUGCUGAUGUGGAGAUGGUGGUUGUUGAUGGAGAAGUGCUGGUGCAAGAUGGAAAGUUAGUCACAAUGGACGGAAGGGAAGUUAUCGCAGCAGCUAGGAAGUCCAUAAAAGGGAUCAGAGAAAGAUCGGGAGUGAAGGCUGUCAACAGGAAAGGGUGGAAAUAUGUAUAAAUUCAAUCAAAAGC